AUGGUAGAUAUUUAUUUUCAGCCAACGCGAUGUAGGAAAUGUAAUCUGUCCCAAAUUCCGAUCCUUUUUGAAAUAGACUUUUCAUUAUAUAUCUUGUGUGCCCUUCAGGUGGAACGACCCAUUGAUGUCUACCAUGACAAGGAAUAUAAGUCCAGAAGAUGGCACUUUCGCACAUAUAAUUUGACUAUCUCUGUUAUUUGGUCUCCUUUUCUUGUAAGAGCUGCCAUCUUCGAAGAUUAUAACGGUGUUUCAACAUCUGAAGUCAAGCUGCAUCUUGACAAACUUGACAGUAAAUGGACCGAUCUUUACCAGAACUUGGACUACAUGAUAAUCUCAACUGGGAAAUGGUUUCUCAAAUCUUCAAUCUACUAUGAGAACAAUGAAGUGGUGGGCUGCCAUUACUGUCCUAAAAGGAACUUCGAGGAGUUGGGUUUCGAUUUUGCUUACCGCAAAGCACUGAGAUUUGUUAUGAACUACAUAGCAACAUCUGGCCACAAAGGCUCAAUUCUCUUUAGGACGUCAACGCCAGAUCAUUUUGAGAACGGGGAGUGGUCUAAUGGUGGGACGUGCAAGAGGACAUCUCCAGCUAAAGAAGGUGAGUUUCAACUGAAGGACAUACACAGGAUUCUGCGUGAUAUCGAAUUGGAAGAAUUCAAGAAUGUAACAGAAAAGGCAUCUGCUAAUGGGGUGAAUCUGAAACUCCUCGAUGUAAACCCGCUUUCGUUGCUAAGGCCUGAUGGGCAUCCGGGUCCCUACAGAGGGUAUCAUCCAUUUGCUCAUGACAAA